AUUAACCCUUUUAGAAGGAACCCUUGACAUUUCGACGAAAACAAAAGUUACGUCCUGUUUGAAAAAAUAUUUGAAGAAAGGAGAACAUGAUACUUAGAACUUUCAUUUUUCUGGAAGAAAGAAACCUAGAUUUUUUUUUUCAAAUUGCGUCUCCGCAUGGCUGAGCAUCAUAAUUGUUUACAAGCUGUAGCCUGAAAUAUAUUUUUUUCGAAAUAUGUUAUGAUAUAAGUACACACAGCUGAUGGAUAUCGAUUCCAUAAAUAUAUUCUAAAAAACGCCGGCGUAACGUUUUUUUCUAUACUGACGUCAGUAGUACUAAUAAUUUUCGCGUAUUUCGAAGUAAUUGAGGUGCCGGGCAAGUGUCGCAUCGUCACACAAUAGAAUCCAGCGUAACAAUUGGAUCAACAAUAAACGCUCAGUGUAUAAUUUUGUAGUGGCACUAUCACUCAUUAUGGAAAUGUUAUAUACGUCAUAAUCAAAUAGGGAGAAUGCUCACCUGUAAAAAUAAUAUCAGUUUGGCGUACACGUAUAAAAGCUCAAAAAUUUCUGCUCACCCAAAAGAGUUCUCAAAAAAUUCUUCUCCGUCGCGCACUCGUAAUAUUCGUAAUUAUCCAUCGAAGCGAAAUUUAGUAUACAAUUGCGUACCGACAAUGGCUGAAUCUCUCAAAUUUUUUGCGUUUUGCUUUCUUACGAUCGGAAUCGUUAACUGUCACGUUCUUAACUAUGUAAACGUUUCGAAAGAUGGAAUUGGCACCACGUCCAAAAGCCCUAACGAUUAUCGACAGAAAAUCGCUAGUGAGACCGAUGGCCUACGCGCAACCGGCGCAACCCCCGACCGUGAUGUCGUCCGUGGAAAAAAUUUGCACCUCGAUAACCACUUCAAAAAUUCGCGGAAAUCAUUGGUGCUGCCGGAGGGACCAGAAUUUGAGAGGCCGUUGAAAAAAAAGCACGGAGAAGAUAGUGUUUGGUAUUUCUUAAAAGCUGAGCUCUCAUCGAAGCAUUCAAGGAAAACCAGAAGUACAACACAAUUGGAGCUGGGUCGAAGACCUUGUUAUUUCAAGCUUUGCAGUAUUUAGAAGAGUUCCAAGUUCCAAUCGUGUUCACGGUUGUGGCAACAGCGCUAUUUCAACGGCGUGGGCAACGGUCAUAUUUCACACAUUCCAACCUUUUCUAUUCACUGGUGAAUUCUGUAUUAUGAAAACAGAUAUUCAAACUGCUGAACGUUUAUUGUUAAUAUAUUCAACAGAACACGUAUGAGAUUAAAAAUAUGUUAUUAUUUGAA